UCCUACGGAAUAAAGUAUGAUUUUAUAGGUUUAUAGUAUACAAAACAUUCGAGGAAUAGUUGAUGGGAUUGUUAAAUUGUUCGGGUGAUGUUAUAUUUUUUAUACAUAGAUACUAAAAAUGGCGGACACAGUUUUUAAUUUGACCAUUGUGGUGUUGUUUUAUGUGGCUGUUUCUUGGAAUGGCGUAUUGGCUCUGCGAGUCGAUGGCAGUAUAUUGACUUCAGAGGACUGGGUAUUUCUGAGCAGAUUCUGUUACAUGAGCAAAAAUGGUGAAUUGGAUUAUUACAUCCAGUUUCCGCAGUCCUAUGAAAUACAGCACCUUUUGUUUUACUACGAUCGACCAACUAUAUGGGAGAGUGUCUAUCCAAGUUCCAAGACAUGUGAGCAGAAGAAGGCGGUUUUGGACAUCUCACGGGGACAGAUUCUCCCCCUCAAUCCUCUGAAUUCCUACUCCGGCUGUAAGUACAUCACGAUCAGUGGCGUCCAGUAUGUGGAGUGUCAGGACAAACAGCGGUUCAGCUCGUCACGUGACAUGUGGUGGUAUCUUGUUCUCAGUCGCUGUCCUAGUGACAGAAAAGAUAAUACAAUUACUGGUUUGAAUAUUACCUUCCGCUUCCAUAUGACAAACGGGGACGAUCUGUGGCACCGAGAGUUCUCAGCAGACGAGCUAUAUAUUUUGCCGACCGACAUCGCCUUUUUAAUUUUGUAUUUCUUCAUCACCUUAAUUUCAAUGGUGUUCGCAAUAAUAUUGAGGUCCAGACAAAUGUUCCACGUGACCUAUAAGAUCUACCUAGCAUCUUUGUGCCUAUGGUGGUUUCAUUUGUUGCUAUGGUGUAUAGCUUAUGGAAGGUACUCGGCGUAUGGGUAUAAGGAAACGGGCACCGAGCGUGCAGCCCGAAUCUUUGCCGCCUUGAGCUCACUGUUGUUUAUGUUGAUGCUACUGCUGAUGGCGGAUGGAUACACGAUUAUAAAGGGCAAAAUGGCUGCUCGGACCUCCAUUUUGUUCUCUGUCUUCUUCACCGUUUACGUCAUAGCGUACGCCGCUCUGUACAUAGUGGAGGCAAACACCUUUGACCCCGGCACCGUUUUGUAUAUUUACGAGUACUGGCCUGGUUACGCCCUCAUCGCCCUCCGCCUCCUGGCCUGGAUCUUUUUUGUUGUCUACCUGUUUAUGACACUGAAGAAACAUCGGAAAAACGGGAAAUUCUACUACCCUUUAUUUAUUAUAUAUACAAUAUGGUUUUGGGCAGGCCCCAUUGCUAUUAUAAUUGGCAUGUUUGCCAUCCGACAGUGGGCAAGAGAAAAGAUUGUGAAUGGCGUGGAUCAGUUGAUCAUGAUGUUAGGUCACGUGACAUUCUUGAUACUCACCCGACCGUCUGCUGCGAACGAAAAUUUUCCUUACACAAUUAAAACAUCGCAGAUUGGUCUUAUCUCGGAGGAUGAUCUUGAGAGGCCAACCAAUUACGAAAUAUCAGAGGAGGAACUACAAGAGAAAACAGGACCAAACUUAAAUGAUAUUUUUACUGUAUCUCAAACUCGGAAAGAACCAUCCGCGCCGCAGGAGAGGCCAUCUUCUCGAACACGCUUAUCCCGUCCAUCACGUGAAGACAGACCGUCAUCUCGAACCCCACUCACAAAUUCCACCAACCAAGAAAGCGAAGGUUCUGCGUCACCAGCAGAAAGUGACAACGAUUCGCUGCCACCACCUUAUUCAAGUGUGACCUCUAGGGAACGAUCAGUGCCUUCUUCCUUACCUCCCCUGAAUCAUUUCGUCACAAGUGACUCGACACAAGGAACGCAGAGGAACGCACUCUCUAUGCUUCCGAUGGAAGAAAGACUGGGGAGACCCAACGCUCUACCACCAAUAAAGCCUAGAUAAACGUGAUAGAAAAUGUUUAACUUGUUUAAAGUGCACAAAACUGAACCGGAAACGGAUGUGCUACCUUUAUAGAUGGGCAUGCUCCGAAGAGAGUGCUGAAACAAGUAAAAUCUGGUGCUGAUCAAACAAUGUUUAACUGUGAUAUUACAAUUGUUAGCAUGGUAAGCAGUUGUUCUAUGUCUGCUUUGAGUGUUUUAGAAUAUCUUGACUAAGAUACAUUGUAAUAAUGUUAAACACUGAAAAAAAUAUUUCUGCAAUAUGAUUUUGACAAGAAAAAAAAUGUGUAUUCUCCAUUUGGAGUGUGUAAAAGUUGUGUUCUGUUCGGCUUAUAUGUUGUAAUGGGUUAUGUUAACGUUUAUUGUACCAAUACAGGAUAUAUUAUGCUGAGUGAACAUACUUUUAUUACCUUUUUAAUGUUAACAGGCGUACAUGUAACUCUAUGACUUAUUGUUAUACUGUGUUGUACUUACGCAAGAAUUAAUUUAUGCAAUUUUUUUCUUGUUCACAUGUGCCUUACUUUGUAUCAUACAGUACUUAAGAUAGGUAUAUUUAAGGUUAAUUGAUACUCCGAUAAGAGAGAUAACUCUUAAUGGGGUGAAUAUCUGUUAUUUGUCAAGUUUAAAAGUAUUUUGUCGAAUUUUGCCCCGCAAGCUGUGUUAAAAUUAUUUGCAAUUUACUUAUAAAAGACAUUUCUUUUAGAAAAAUCGUAAGCAUUGAAGGAACAUUUACCUAUGAGUGGAGGAUUAGGAACCGUAAUUGUGUUUUUUCUUUUUAAAUAUGUCGAUUAAAUAUUUUAUUGUCAGAUUUUAAAUUUUUUAGUGUUGAUCAUCGGCGUGCAAUUUAGUGUAAAGCCUUGUUAUUCAAACUACUUAACAAUAUUAAAUUCAUAUUAAUGUGUUCGUCUCCGCUAAUUGGUGGCUGGCUAGAGUACCUUUUGGAAAGAGGGUGGAUAUGGAAUGGAUUUAUUUAAGUGGCAGAAUAUAAAUACAAAUGUAUUAGCGUCCAACUCAAUUUAUUAAUAAAAAUGUUUAAAAGAAACCAUUUUUUAAUCUCUAUCAAGUCGCAAAGGGGGGGGGGGGGUCAAGAUUUGAAGUUCCUCGAUAUAAUUACUUCAAAGUAAUAAUGUCAUGGAUUUGUGAGAAAUUCUAAAUCGUAAUUUCAGUAUGAUGAAAUCAUUUAAGGUCAUAUGCCAGAUUCGAAUUCAAACCAAUAUUAUAGCACAUCUCUUUAUAUCUCACGACUGUAUAUAUUGAUUGUUUUAGGACGCUACAUAUUGCACAGAUGCGAGGGAAGCAUAUGUUUCAUCAAAUGAAGAUUUAGUUUGAUUUAGUUUGUAUGAUUUAUUUGUGUUUUUGAUUUUUGUUAUUUUUUAUGCCCCGUAAUCGAAGAUUUCGGGGGCAUAUAAUUUUUGGUCUGCCUGUCUGCUUGUCCGCAAAAAUCCUAAACUUGGUCAUAACUUUUCAACGGUUGUUGCGAGAGCUUUUAUAUUUCACAGGUACUUUUCCUGUACCAAAAUUUUUGACCUCAUGACCUUGGAGUUUUACCUAUUUUCCUCCCAUUUUAAUAAAACUUUAACCUUGGUAAUUACUUUUGAAUGGUUGAAGCUAGACCUUUCAUGUUUCACAUGUGUAUUCCUUGUUUGGGUACCAAGUUUUUUGACCUCUUGACCUUGAUCUUAAAGUUUGUCCUACUUUUGUAAAACUUUAACAUUGGUCCUAACUUUUGAACAGUUAGUUCUAGAGGUUUCAUGUUAUACUAUUGAAGUUUUGUGACAAGACCUUCCUUUGGGUACUACGAACAGAUUUUACCUCACGACUACUUGACCACGGAGUUUUACCGACUUUUGUAAUUUUUUUUACCUUGGUCAUACUUCUACGGUUAGUGCUAUUGUUUUCAUAUUAAACUUGUGUAUUUCUUGUGACAAGAUCUUUCUUUGAGUACGAACAUUUUUUUCAUCAUGACCUUGACCUUAGAGCUUGGCCUACUCUUUAAAAAGCUGUCAUACGGGGGCAUCAGUGUUUCACAAACACAUCUUGUUCUUUUUUGUUUUAUAUGAUCUCCUUAUGUUCACUUGAUAUGUAUAAGUUUUACAAACUCUGUUUUAUAAGAAUGGCAUACUUUUUUCUUAAAUUAAUUACACCCACCCUAUAUUUUACUCUGUCCCAAUUCCGUCAGCUUUAAGUAUAAACCGUCCAUUGAAUAAGAACUCCAACUCUAUAUGUUGGUUAAGCUUUAUCUCAGCUGUCAGUUUUGUUAUAUAUGUUAAUUUUGACAUUUUUCAAAUAAAACCCCCAGAAUUCUA